AUUCUUGGAAAAAGGAUCGAUUAUAACAAAGAUCAAAUUAAUAAAGAUAUCAAGAUGAAAUCAAUGCUUCGAUAUGAUCCAUCAAAACCUGAUCAUAAUAAAUUUUUAAAUAAAAAUGAAAAAAAUACAAAGUCAAAUUCAAAAGUAAUAUCUGAAAUUGAUGAUAAAGCAAUUGAUGAUAAUUCAACUAAUGAUAAAGAACCAUUAGUAUCAAAUCAAAAGUUCUAUUCUGUUUCUGAAAACUUGAAGGAAGCUAUUAAAGAAAAUACUGGAUUUAGUUUAUUAUCUAUGUUUGGAAAAGCUGAUUUAGAAGAAGAAGCAGUAGAUUUAGAUAAAAACGCUGGUAGUACGUUUCAAAAAGUGCAGCAGAAAAUGGACAAUCCUUUAGACUCCCGGAGAAAUCCAUUUCGAUAUGAUACUUCCGACUCUGAAGAAGAAACUAAUGGAACAUUGAAGUCAAAAAAGGAAUUAAUAAAUCAUGAUAUUGGCCACAUUUCUAGUACAGGCGUAUGGAGAGAAAAUUUUUUUUUCAUAAAAGGCGAUCAAAGACUGAGUGAGGGUAUCAAAUUCUUUACAACAUUUUCUUCUAAUGGUGGCAAAGAUACUUUUAAUGACACAAGAAGAGAGUUGAAAAAAGUUGUCAAAUAUAAAAUACUCAAUAACCUGAGGAAUGCAAAACCAUUUAAAAAGAAGUUAGGUAGUCAUAAGAUAGCAAGAAAAGUUGUAAAAAAUUAAUAUAUGAUAAUAGAUAGUAAACAUAUUGAUUAAAAUAAAAGUGUUACACUGAUUUCAUC